UUUUUUUAUUUAAAGAGGGCGUUAUCAGAAGGUGUACGUCACUGAUGUUUCGAUCGGGUCAAUGUUUUUAGGAGUAAUAAUAAACUUUAUAAAGAACACAGUAUGGAGCAGAGUGACAAGAAGAGAUAUAUUGAAUUCUAUUUGCGAAAAAAUUUUUAAGUUUACACGAGGUCAGCAGGUGUAAAAAUAGUUAUCAAUAGUCAUCAGUAAAAGGGAAAAUUACAUGUGGUAUAAGACGUCGACCACGUGGGCCCCACGUUUUUGAAAACAACUGCCGAAAGUUAUUUUAAUUGUUAAUUUAUAUCACGUAAUAUCAAAUGAGAGAUUUUUAGACUGAUUUCAAAGUAAAUAAAAUAAAUAAUAUUUAUUAACUAUAAAUACUGAUCAUUAAGAACAAGAUAUUCGCAAAACGAUUUAUUUUCGUUACGUCAUUAAUUUACUUCUUAAAAAUCUGUCAUAAUUACGCUGAUUUUUUUUUCUCAUGAGAAAAUCUUUUUCGGAGAACCGGUAGAUAUUGUUAAUAUGAAUUUAUGGGUCAUGAAGAGUAAUUGUUGAAAAAAAAAAAUUUAGAUAAUUGAUCUUAAUAAUAAUAGUCAUAAUAAUAAUGAAAAUGAUGCUGUGACUUGUGAAUAAUUCGUAAUUAUAAGGAAGAUUUGAUAAGAAAAUUUGAUAAAAAAAUAUUCGAGCACACAGAUUAGAAUAAAUUGAGGUAAUAACUAUGAACAACGAAGAGCCAGCAUUGAAGAAAGCCAGACAGUCCAUCUUGUCAAACCAUGUUGAAAGUGUCGAGCUUCAAGAUAUAUUUCGUAAACAUUGGUCUAAUCACAUGAGCUUCAAAUCUGAUGACUUGGAAAUUAUUUCGGAGCCAUUUCGUGUUUGCAAAAUUUCAAAUUUUAUCAAGAACGAACAAUUCAUGGAGGAUUUGAAGAGCGAGCUGUCUGAGGUUCAGAGUAAAAGAAUUAUGCUGGAUUUGUAUCAACUCGAGCAAACAAGUGACUUGGGGAAUCACUUGAUCGACAGUAUUGAGGUAUUUCAUCGAACAUUUCGUACUGAUAUGGUCAAGUGGAUGCAACAAAACACAAGUAUCGAAUUGAAUUCAACAAUUUCAAUGACUGGUUCGUGCUAUUAUGAUACUGAUUAUCUACUUUGUCAUGAUGAUAACAUGAGUGAUCGUAAAAUAGCAUUCAUAUUUUAUUUGAUGUCCAAUUGGACUGCAGCUGAUGGGGGCACACUCGAUUUAUUUGAUACUGAUGAAAAAGGAUUACCUCGUAAAAUUGUUCGUUCUCUGGUGCCAGAAUAUAAUUCUCUUGUCUUUUUCGAGGUUUCAAACCACUCUUACCAUCAGGUAGCUGAGAUAACGUCCAAUUUAUCUAGAUGGUCUAUCAACGGAUGGUUCCACGGGCCGAAGAUUGAAAAUUUACCACCAAGACCCCAGAUUGAAUACAAAUGGUUAAUUCCGAUGGACGAUGAUCAAGAUUUGACUGCUUGGAUCACUGAUACUUAUUUGUGUCCUGGUAUAGUUGCUGGUAUCAAAGAGGAUGUUGAAAAGCAAUCGUACGCUUAUAUUGCACAAUUUCUCAAAGCUGAGGUUUACGAAAAAUUGUCUAAGGAAAUAACCGACGAUUCAAUAAAGUGGAAUAAAGUUGGACCGGCAAAUUUACGUAAUUACGAAGUUGCUGAUGAGUCAAGUUUGCCAGGUACUUUGAAAAAAUUUUAUAAAUUAUUUCGCUCGCUGCCAUUUUUUCAAUUACUAAAAAAUUAUACUGAGUUGGAUUUAAUUCCUGAUAAUGAAAAUAUGAAACCGAGAAUGACAAUUGAACUACAGAGAUGGUCUAAAGGCUGCUACACUCUUAUCUGUGAUAAUUAUUGUGAUGAAGAUGUGGAUGAGGAACAAAUUAAUGGUUGUCAUGUUGUUGACAGUAAACAUACUCUAGGAAGUCAAGACUCUGUUGAUAAUGGAGAUGAUUCUGAUGGAGGAGCUGCUGAUGAAGAUACUACCGAUGAAAAUCAUGACAAUGAUGAAGCUGAAGAUGAUAAAGUAAGUCCUAAUAAUCGUGAAGAGAGUAAGUUACAAAAACAAUGCAAUGAUUUAAAAAUAGAGUCAGUUGACUUCAGUACCAAGAUGAUGAACGAUAAAAAAGAGGAAAAAUCAAUUGGAAAUGAUGGCGGCAAUAACGGUAGUCGUGAAGAUGAUGGUUUUAAUGAUGAUAAUGUACUACGCAGUAUUUUGAAAGACAUAAAACCUAAGGUCGAUAGGCAAGAUGAAUCUGAGGAGGCAUCUUGCUCUAAAUCAGAAGACUUUUUCAAGAGAAGUCCACCGCUGCAUCCUGAUUCCGAGGACCCAGACGUUUCGGAUAUCGGAGAUUAUCUUUCUGGUUCUUCGAGAUCAUCUGAAGACGGAGACGACCGAGACAAUGUUGAUGAAAUAGAUGAUUAUGAUGACAGUAACAUCGAACCAGGAACACUGGAUGUUAUCAUGCAAUUCAAUACUAUGCAUGUUUCCGAAUCAGAAACUAUUGAUUACUUGGAUCCUAAAGAACAAGACAGCGCUCUUAUCCAUAUCACUCCUCAAGACAAUCAUCUCUGCUUAGUUUAUAAAGAAUUAAGUACCUGCAGGCUUCAUAAGUACGUUAAUCACUAUUUUGAGGGAUAUUACUACAAUUUGAUUUGCACGUACCGUGAAUAAAAUUGGUUUAUGGCGAUAAACAAUAAAAAUAAUAUGAAAAAAGGGAAAAAGAUAUAUCACAUUUAAUAAUAAUAAUAAUAAUAAUAAUAUAUAAACAAAUAUAGAAAUCCACAAAAUGUAAUGUGUAAUAUACCAGUAAUAAUGAAAUUAAUAAAAUAAUAAUUACUAUUGAUUAAUUCAUAAUAAAAGUACUGAUCAAUUUUAUAAAAUCAUGUCUAAUCAAAAUUCUUUGUACUAAAUUUCAAUUAUUGGGAUAUAAUCCUACAUGAUGCAUGUAAUAUAGUAUUUGUAUUAAUAAAAUUAUCAGUAUUGAUUUCAA